UCUUCAAGCGUGGAACUAUGAAGAUUGUAGCAGUAUUUAUGUUAUUAGCCGCCGUCACUCAUGACUCCCAUGCUUCCAAUGUAAAUAAUUUCAAAGACGAUCUAGUCACCACCUUUGUCUCUAGAGCAGCCGGAGAUAAAAUAAAGGAUUUGCUUGAAAAAUUUAAGGAAAUCAUGAGAAAUGGAAACGAGACUAAAGGUAUUCCUAAGCUGGAUCCUUUGUCCUGGAAUCAUAAAGAAAUUAGUAUAAAUGAUGAGUUACUCAAAGCUAAAGGUGAAGUGAACAAUCUUUAUGUCGAAGGCUUAUCGGAUUACAUCGUUGAUUAUGCCGAAUUCAAAUUUGCUAAAAUGAACUUGUCAAUUGCUUUGACAUGGUCACGUAUUAAAGGAGAUACUUUAUAUGAUAUCAUAGCCGCAAAAAUUAUGGACUUUAUUCCUAUUUUCGGAAAGGGCAAUGCAACCCUUGAGGUGGAAAAUUUGAAAUUUUCAACUAACAUCUUGAUCAAUAUCCAAAACAAAAAGCUUUAUUUGACACAAUUUGUUAAUACCAAAAUUUCACUUCAUAAUCUUAAGUUGAAUGCUCAAGGACUGUACGAAAACGAGGAAUUUUCCGAGUUCUUAAGUGCAGUUAUUAGUAAUAUUGCACCAGAAGGCUUGAAUGAUUUACAAGAAGAAAUUGUCACUCGAGUUGACAACAUGAUGUUGGAGAUGGGCAACGAAAUACUCAAGAAUUUUGAUUUCGACGACAUUUUGGGAAUACUAAAGCCUUAAUUUUUAUAAAGAUAAUUUUUGUAAGAUAAAGAAUAACAAUAACAUUCUGAGUCACUAUUUUUGUUAUGUUCAUUCUCUUUAUAA